AAUGAAUGGAACGCGGAAAACAACGCUUGCAGGCAUUCAGAGAAGAAACUUUUUUCUUUUCUUUCGUGAUCGAAAGCUACAGCCGGUAAACAAACUAUAACUUGUUCCCUUUUAAAAUAUAUUCUACUAACUGAAUAAUGUGCAGAUAAUUUUUGUAACAUGAGAGGACUGAAAGAACGCAGGACAAAUGGAUAGAAUCAUCGUGUUACUUGUACUUUUCCUUCAAACGUCUGCUUCAGAUGGUUCUCACUCUUUGUCGUUGCUGUCAACUUACAUUAAGGGAAAAACACAGUUUCCUAAAUUUAGUUACAUAACAGCUCUCGAUGACAUCACAGUUGGAUACUAUAAUUCAGAAACGUAUGUUCCAAAAGGGAAUACGACGAAUGAGGAUGAUGUGGUUGAUUCAGAUUACAUAAAGGGUAUAAGUGACUACAUGUAUAACUCCUUUGUGAGACGAUCUGCACUGUUCAGUCAACACAGUCAAAAUGACGGUCUUGAUGUUUAUCAGACACUGGUUGUCUGUGAGUUGCUGGACCUUGACAAGCCUGGAAAGAUGUUUACUAAAGAUGCUGCUGGGGCUGCACCACAGAUGAGCUUUGUUACUUUAACAGCAACUUUACUUAUACUGUGACUGUUAAUAUUACACAAGAAGUGCUCAAACCUCAACUGGAAGAAUUCAAGCAGAAAUAUGAAAAGUUCUAUUACAAAAUUUGUAUAGAUACUCUCAGAAAUUACCUCAAAAAGAGACAGAGUGAAGUAAAUCGAAAGAUGAAACCUCGAGUCAGAUUCAUGCAGAAAGCAAUCACAGAUUCUGGAAGGUCUCAUUUGAGUUGUUUGGCAACAGGAUUUUACCCUCGUCACAUCAACCUGACCCUGUUCAGAGACGGGCAGCCUGUAGCUGAUCAUGAGAUCACUGGAGGAGAUCUGCUGCCCAAUGAUGACGGGACGUACCAGAUGAGGAAGAUUAUGAAAAUCAGUGCUGCAGACAAACACAAAUACACCUGCUCCGUCACGCACCUCAGUCUGCACAACAAACUGGAAGUCCCUUUGGAAAGUGGACUUUCCAGCUAUUACACAGGUGUUCUGCUAUCAGCUCUUGCUGUCCUGCUGUUGGUAUGUGUGAUUUUGGCAAUGGUGAUAAUCGUCUGCAUUAAAAGGAAAGAAGAAAGCCAGACAGAAGCUGAUGAGGUUUUGUAAUCUUCUGAAGACAUCCAUCCUAUUUGCAAGGAGAUCAAACCAUUACAUCUUCUGUUUUAUCCAAUGUAGUUAUCACAUAAUAAUCUGAGCUGUUGCAGUAUUUGCCUUACUCACAUUCUCAUUAACAGUGAAUUAACAGCUUACUGUUAAUUCCUUAAAAUGUAAAUAUGCAUAUGUUUACAAGGGGUUUAAAUUCAUUUAUUUAUAGACAACACUGUUGUCAAGAAGGUUUGCUCUACUUUCAACUUUUUGUAUAGUAGUGUAUGUAUAGUAUUUUAUUGUUACUGUAUUGCUGGUUCUGAUUUAGUUUUUGCACAGUUUAUACAGACAUUUAUACUGCUUGCUGUUUUGCACUGGAGUUUUUCUUUGGCUUAUUCUGUCAUAUGCUAUUGUAUUUUUUUGGUUGCUUGUAACAAGGUCAUUGAUAAGAGGGGUACUGAGAGAGCAAAUAAAGAUACUAAUAUUUUGUUUCAUGUUUUGUUUAGUUAUUGUAACAUUUGAUGUGAUAAUCCGUUAAUGUAAUCGAUUUAUCCAUUUAAAAGUGAGCAAUCAGAAAUCAUGCUAACUCUCCAACAACAAAACCUGUUUGUGCAUUUAUCAAGUCAAGUCAAGUCACCUUUAUUUAUAUACCGCUUUUAACAAUACAGAAUUGUGACAAAGCGGCUGUACAGUAUUAAAUAGGAAAUAGUGCAUUUAUCUGUCUGAAUUAAAAGUAUGUGGUGUUGUACAGUAGUUGCAUAGUAAUUCAAGUCAAUAUUAGGAAUUACAAUUUGUGGUUUACUGAGAGGGUCGGUAUAUUUUCUAAAAAGAAUCAUAUGGUGGAUAUAUUCUAUUAUCAUUAUGUUUAAAGUGACAAAGCCAUGCUGAUAUGUGAACCGAAUGCUUGUAGUGGCAUCUAGUGGUCUGAUUAUAUAAACGUUCAUGUAUUUGUGUUGUAUUGAACACUUCGCUUUUAUUUAUUUAUUUAUUUUUUUUCAAA